AUGUGCGAGAGAGUGCAGUCACACUUUGCACGUGCGAGCUCUUGGAAGGUCAAGACGGACAAGACAACCCACUACUGUGUUUCGUUCUUUGGCGAUUGGCUCGAGUCCAGUAAUGUCGUACACCACCUGCUUGCACUGACUCGAUCGGCACGUCGCUCGAACCAUUGGCUCAUCGAUUCCGUUGAUGCUGAGGAGCACCUGUUUGCACUGACUCGAUGCAUCGUUCAAGGAUUUUACAAAUAUCACAGCUUCUCCGAAGGUGUCGAGUACAAUAUUUCAGUACGUGGUGAAAAAGAUGGUAGUCAAUAA